AUGCCUGGAGAGGUUGUGGAUGUUGGCAGGAAGGGCUUUGAUUCUGAUGGUGGGCUGGAGGAGACUGAAGGCGCAGAUUCAUAUGUUCUGGCGUCAAUGAAGUUCCUACAAUGGCAGUCGCUUUAUGAGGUCGAAAAGCCCUUCCAGAUCUUCAUUAACAUCCCAAGUCAUGUCGAAGACAAGCGAACCACGAAUCUCGUCUUCGAGGAUAACCAACUGAAGGUAAAGGACGUUCGAGCCAGUGAGACCAAUUUCUCCCUCGACCAGCAUGGAUUCAUGUACUGCAACCACGAGACCGCCUUGAGAGAUUUCACAAAUCGAAGGCAUGUUGAGGAGAGUUACCUACCAGAAGUUGAAUCUCUGUUGCGACAGGAAGCGGAUGGAGUGGAUGAAGUUUUCUUCUUUGACUGGAGACUCAGAAAGAAUGCCCCAGAGGUCGAGGGUGCCGUAAUCGAUUUGAAUGACUUGACAGAGUGGCUCCGACCGGCCAUGCAUGUUCAUGUUGACCAGAGUCCUGCCGCAGUGCUCAACCGAAUCCAACUUCAACUCAGCAAAGAUGCCGAUCGAUUGCUGAGAGGCAGAGUGAGGGUCCUGAAUGUUUGGCGGCCUCUGAUUGACUGCGUGGAAGACUGGCCGUUGGCAGUCUGCGAUGGUACUACAGUUGAGACAUCGGACCUUGUCGAAGCCGAUCAUGUUCGCAGACAGUAUACUGGCUCGACGCUCUAUGUCAAAUUCAACCCUCGACAGAAAUUCUAUCACAUGAGCAAGCAGAGGCGAAACGAAGUUCUGAUCUUUAAAAACUUUGACUCCGACCUAAGCAAGCCGGCCUCAUUUGCGCCGCACGCCUCAUUUUGCAACCCACAUACCCCAGAAAUCUUUAUCCCGCGCCAGAGCAUCGAAGUGAGGGCAUUGGUUUUUACGAAGGCAGCUUUAGAGAUCUGA